AUGGCCUCGAUCCAAUUUCAAGAAGAAGAAAUCGACGACCUCAUCUACCUCGCCCGCGUCGGUGACAAAGACGAGCUCUCCACUAUCCUCUCAGGAAUCAUUGCCCGCCAGACCACCGACAGGAUACCCACUCCCGCCGACGUUCUCGCCCAGGCGGUAGACGAGAGCAGCAAGAACACAACCCUGCACAUGGCCAGCGCCAACGGUCAUGUUGAAAUCGUCGAGUACAUCCUCUCCCGGUUUCCAACCGCCGACAAGGAUCAAAAACAAGCCUUCCUCGACGCCACAAAUGAGUUCGGCAACACAGCCCUUCACUGGGCAGCUCUCAACGGCCACCUCCCAAUUGUAAAGCUCCUCGUUGAAAACGGUGCGUCUGUUGCGUUGGCCAAUGACAAGAACUACAUCCCUCUUGACCUGGCGAGCUUCAGCGAGAAGAUCGAUGUGGUGGAUUACUUCCUCAAGGAGGUGCGUGAGAUGGAGGCUGAGAAUGCAAAGGAGGGUCUUGGGGAGGCUGUGGCGGAUGUAAAGGUAGAAGACGGUGAGGAGAAUGAGAGCUCUUCAAAAGGAAAGGAGAAGGAGUCAAGUUGAGAGGAACGACGAAUGAUACCAAAAGAAGAAAAAAAUGACAUGAACUGAGAACUGCCCUUU